AUGAGUAGUAGUAAUAAAGUUAAGGACAAGUACAAGAUCACAAGGGGUCAACUCAUGAAAGACAUGAUUUGUUUGUAUAGAUACAUACUAAUUGACACAAAACCAAUUAUAGGGUCAGAAUUUCUUUCAGCUAUACCAUUGGCAGCUAGAAUAAUUCUUGACACUAAAUAUUAUAUCAAAGACUAUGGAGAGGUUCCUUUGCAAGUUGAAGUAGGAUCGGAAGGAAAAUUCAAUCUUUAUUGUACAAUUUUGCUGAGGAAUGUUAACAAUGGAGUACAUGAUCAUGAGUAUUAUUUGAACAAGGAUAUGCCAAUGACAAUUCCAAUUCCAAUGCCACCUUAUGAAUGUAUCACAUUGAAAAGUUGUGCUACAAUUAAUGACUUAAAGCUAGAAGUUGAAAGGAAUUUUAUGGAAAUCUAUUGGGGAUUAAAGAGUUUUGUAGUGGAAUCUAAUGGGAAUUUGAUGAAUGCAAAAGGGAAUGAAAUGGUUUUUGGGAUGAUUGAAGUUGGUGGAAAACUUGUACUUGAAGGUUGGAAUGGUGGUGACAUUGGAAUCAAUAUGGUUGAGCAAAUAUGUGAAAGGGAUCCAAAUAAAGGCAUUGUUGAGUGCAUUUGUGGAACUAAAGAAGAUGAUGGUGAGAGAAUGGUGUCUUGUGAUAUUUGUGAAAUUUGGCAACACACUAGGUGUGUUAGAAUUCCAAAUGAUGAAGAAGUUCCUCAUAUUUUUCUAUGUAAAUGGUGUGAGCAAGAAAUUGUUCUUUUCCCUUCUUUGCCAUAA